GCAAAGUCGUUAGCCAGGGAAAUACUCUGUGCGGUGGUCAUUUGUGAACAUAUUAGACUGUGAUAAUGUGGUACACGUGCUUGAUUCAGCAUACCUUCGGAUUGUAUGUGACUGGUGAUUUUUAGCGGACAUUCAGUUUUAGGCAGUAAAUCUGUGAUCAAUAUUCAAUGGGCAGGAAGGCCAAAUUUUCUCUGGACACAAAAGUGAAGAAGGGCCCAGGUCGGAAAGCAAAGAAGCAAGGGGAACCAGAAAUCCCCAAUCAUCUUACUGAUGGAGGAAAAAUAGAAAAGCCAUUGUCACGUAGACAAAAACAGCGUGCAUUGAAGAGAGCAAAGAAACAUGCAGAUUUAGCAGAGAAAAGGAAAUUGGCAAGGAAGUCAGUAAAACAGCAGUCAAUUAUUAAAGAACCAGAAGUUUCCUGUGACUCUAAUGUUGAUAGUGAGGAGGAGUUUGAUCAUGAGUCCACAGGAUUCACUGAUGGCAAUCAGUCCUGGCUUAAGCCAGUCACCAGGAAGAAAGGGAAACAACUUCUGGAGUCUGAUGGGGAAGAAAAUCAUUCACAUUCAGAAGCAAGUGUUGAAGGUGAAGGGGAUCAAUCUGAUCAGGAGCAGAUGACUUUAGAUGAGGAUGAAGAUUACAAAGUGGAAACACUGGAUGACCUGAACCAGAAUGAUGAUGUUGAAAGUGGUGAAGAAAGUAAUAAUAAUGAUGAAUGUGAUGCUGCGGACUCUGAUGAUGAAGUGAGUGACCAACAAGAAAGUGAUAAUAAUAACAGCAGUAAUGAGAGUGGUGGCAUUGAUAAUGAUGAUGACCUGCUACCUGUUGAGAGGGCAGCCAAGAAACUCCGAAUAAAACAAAAGCAGGAUGAGAAGUUUGCUGAAGAAGAACUCAAGAUGAAUGUAGCUGACAAGGACGUGUUUACAUUCCCUUCAGAAAGUGAACCGGAAGAACCAGUAGGUCUUCAAGAGGUUCAAAGGAGAAUAAGAGAUGUAGUAGCAGUGUUGUCAGAUUUUAAAAAACUUCGGGCAGAGGACAGGUCCCGCUCUGAAUACAUUGAGUUACUUCAGAAAGACUUGUGUACAUACUAUAGUUACAAUAGAUUCUUGAUGGAGCGCUUGAUGCAGCUAUUUCCAUUAUCUGAGCUGCUGGAAUUCCUUGAAGCUAGUGAAGUCCAGCGACCACUCACCAUCCGAGCAAACAGUCUGAAAACCCGAAGGAGAGAUCUUGCACAGGCUCUUAUAAACAGGGGUGUGAAUUUGGAUCCAGUUGGCAAAUGGACUAAAGUUGGUUUGGUUAUUUAUUCAUCAGCAGUCCCUAUUGGUGCCACACCAGAGUACCUUGCUGGUCAUUAUAUAAUUCAAGGUGCAGCAAGCUUGCUACCAGUCAUGGCCCUUGCGCCACAAGAGAAUGAGAGAAUUCUGGAUGUGUGUGCAGCACCAGGAGGAAAAUCAUCACACAUUGCUGCAGUGAUGAAAAAUACUGGUGUAUUGUUUGCAAAUGAUGUAAAUGAGGACAGAAUCAAGGCAGUUGUUGGGAAUUUUCAUCGCCUUGGCAUUGUCAAUUCAGUUAUAUCUUCUUAUGAUGGUCGAAAGUUUUCUACAGUGAUGAAAGGGUUUGAUAGAGUCCUUCUUGAUGCCCCAUGUUCUGGGACAGGGGUAGUUGCCAAAGAUCCCAGUGUGAAGACCAGUAAAGAUGAGACAGAUGUCACACGCUGUUUUACCCUUCAGCGUCAGUUGCUGUUAGAAGCCAUAGAUUGCCUGAAAGCCAAUUCAUCAACUGGUGGUUAUCUUGUAUAUUCCACUUGUUCUGUAUUGCCAGAAGAAAAUGAAUGGGUAAUUGAUUAUGCUUUGAAGAAGAGAGAUGUUAAACUAGUACCAACAGGUCUAGAUUUUGGUACAGAGGGUUUCACAAAUUACAGACACCACAGGUUCCAUCCGACAAUGAAGCUAACCCGAAGAUUUUAUCCCCACACUCACAAUAUGGAUGGUUUCUUUGUUGCAAAGUUGAAGAAGUUUUCCAAUAAUAUUCGGGAGGCCAAUGUUGAGAAAGUAGAAACAAGUGAUACCUAAACAGAAACUAGAAUCUGCAACAGUUCAUAAUAUAAUGGUAUACUAACCAAAGUACUAAUUCUUUGACCAGGUUUUUCAGACAUAAUGUAAUUUGUUUUUUAAUGACAUUUAUUUAAUAAAUUCUCAAUUGUCAAGCAUCA